ACACAAUCCGCAGCCUCCGCACCGGCCGAAGGGACAGAAGGAGUCCCGACCAUGGCAGUGGGUGGCGCGGUGAAUGAAGGGCUGCUUGGGCUGUUUCUGGCAGGGAGCCUCCUUUAUACAUGUUGCCGAGGUCACCAGACAGGGACGGAGGGAGACUCCAAGGCAGAGGCCUGGUUGCGGUUAUAUGGAUACCUUCCACAGACAAGUCGACAGAUGUCCACACUUCGUUCAGCAGAAAUACUGUCCUCCGCCAUUUCUGAAAUGCAGAGAUUCUAUGGAAUCCCAAUGACUGGAGAACUGGAUCAGAACACCAGAGAGUAAGGUCCAUUGAGACCUCCUCUCCCUGGGACACGUCGCUGGUCUCAGGUCUUCUGAACAGAUGGAUGCAAAGGCCUCGUUGUGGGGUUCCAGAUCAAUUUGGGAAUCGGAUGAAAUCUAAUAUGAGGAGGAAACGUUAUGCACACACAGGACGCAAGUGGAACCAGAAGCAUCUUACAUUCAGCAUCCAGAACUACUCAGACAAGCUGGGCAUGCACAAUUCUGUGAACGCCAUUCGCCAAGCCUUUGCUGUGUGGUCAGGUGCAACACCAUUGACCUUCCAGGAAUUGUCAUAUGAGUCUGUGCGGCAACGACAUUCUAAUGCUGACAUCCUAGUCCUCUUUGCCUCUGGUUUCCAUGGAGAUAGCUCCCCCUUUGAUGGUCCUGGCGGUUUCUUGGCACAUGCCUAUUUUCCAGGUCCAGGAAUGGGAGGAGAUGUACAUUUUGACUCAGAUGAACCAUGGACUGUAGAAAACAUGGAACUCUCAGGGAAUCACUUGUUCCUGGUUGCUGUUCAUGAGCUUGGACACUCUCUAGGGCUUGAGCAUUCAAACAAUCCUACAGCCAUUAUGGCUCCAUUCUACCAGUGGAUGGACACUGAUAACUUCCAACUGCCUGAAGAUGACAGACGUGGGAUACAGCAGCUGUAUGGUGUUCAUGAGGAUCAGGCCCCUACCACCUUAUCGCCUAUCCCUACUCCAGGAAACCCUGACACACCUGAUAAGAGGCCUCCAAAACCUCCCCCGAGAGGUAAACCAGAGCAACCUGGCAAUGCCCCACCUCCUCGUAACCCUGUCACCCCUGAUCAGUAUGGCCCCAACAUCUGUGAGGGAAAUUUUGAUGCUGUCAGUGUCCUGCGAGGAGAAAUGUUUGUGUUCAAGGGAGCCUGGUUCUGGAGGGUACGACAUAACCGUGUCCUAGAUAACUACCCAAUGCCAAUAGGACACUUCUGGCGUGGUCUGCCAGCCAACAUUACUGCUGCCUACGAGAGACAUGAUGGAAAAUUUGUCUUCUUUAAAGGAGACAAAUAUUGGGUUUUUCGAGAGGCCAACCUGGAAUCUGGUUACCCACAAGCACUGACUACUUUUGGAUAUGGGAUUCCCUAUGACAGAGUUGAUACCGCCAUCUGGUGGGAACCUACAGGGCAUACAUACCUAUUUCGUGGAGACAUGUACUGGCGUUUCAAUGAAGAAUCUCGUUCUGCUGAUGCCAGUUACCCCAAACCCAUUACAGUCUGGGCUGGGAUCCCUGACACCCCGAAAGGUGCCUUUCUGAGCUCAGACACAUCAUACACCUACUUCUACAAGGGCACAAAGUACUGGAAGUUUGAUAAUCAGCGUCUGAAGACUGAACCUGGAUACCCCAAAUCUAUCCUGCGAGAUUUCAUGGGCUGCCAGGAAGAGAUCUUGAAGGAUCCAGACACUGCUCCCCGGUGGCCAGAUGUAGAACACCCGCCCUUUAAUCCUGAUGUAAAACCAGAUGAUAAGGACCACAAAGACCCAAAUAGAGGAACAGACACUGAUGGGCGGGUGGACCCAGAUACUGGGCGUGAUGUUGACAUUGUGGUCCAUAUUGAUGAGUACACUCGUGCGGUCAGUGUUGCCAUGGUAAUAGUGCCACUUCUCCUCCUCCUGUGCAUCUUGGGAUUGAUAUACGUCAUAGUUCAAAUGCACAGAAAAGGACCACCCAAAGCCUUACGAUAUUGCAAACGCUCCUUACAGGAGUGGGUCUGAUUUCUUUCCUCAACAUUUCAUUUGUUCCCACUUAAUUUUAUUUAAUUUUUUUACUCACUACCUUUUUUUGUGGUGCUAGCCAGAGGGUGCCAGAAUGUUUUGUGUGUCCUGUCCCCCCAUCCUUCAUUCCACUUUUUGUUUUGGAUCAAGGGUAAAAUAAGGAAUACACUACAUUUACUGUGCUUUACAAGGCACUUCUGGAUUACUGAUAAUUUAAUUAAUUUCUGUGGUACACUUUUGUAGUUCAGAGGACAUGUUCCACAUAAUGUAUGAAGGAAGGUAACUCCACAUGGAGAGUUUUUACUAGGGUUAGGAUCUUUAACCAUGAGUAACCACUAUGGACGUUCUGUAUUAUGCAAGUUAUGCACUAUAUAUGGGAAAUACACAAAUAAUGUGGAAUAUAUAUGUUCCUCUUGGCAUUACACUGUCACUUCAACAUCCUGUAGUCAAUAAAUUCAGGGGUAUAUUUACUGUGGUCAUUCUUGUGAUAGUCUACAAACAAAUAGUGCUAUGCAGUGGCAUAACAAGGCACGUUUUGUACUUGGAUGCCUUUGGUAGAUUUAAUUCAUUUGUGGCCCAAGCACUGUGCGAAUACAGCUGAAUGUUUCUUUAACAAAGAGAAUGUUAAAUAUUUAUGCUAUGCAUUUUGCACUGGAGACAUUGCAGGGUAGGAGCAGAUAAAAAAAAAAAUGAAGAUGACGUGUACAGAAAGGCAUGGACAAGUUAAUGUGAUACAUUGAUUACCUGUAUUCAGGCUGCUAUAAUGAGAAUGGAAACCAAGGACAACAGUAUUGAGGUAUCUCAGUAAGUAUGGCAUGAGUAGGAGAUCGUCAAUGCAUUGACUGGAAUGAUGAUGCUUCAGGUGAGUCAUCAGUAAAAAGGCCAGACCAGGGCUGUUCCCUUCUGCAAGAUAGGAUUCUUCUUCCUGUAAACUCUCUGUAUUCAAGAGGGAAAAACUAAUUCUGUCACUUAAGAGGGCUGUGCCCUGUUGGAAGAUCUGACUCUCUGUACGAUAUAAGUUCACGUGAAUGUUUUAAGUAAUUUGUUUUUAUUAAAGAUUUUUUUUAACAGUA